UUUUAAAAGUUUCCAAACAAAUUCACAAAAACUAAUAAAAAAAGAGUACAGUUUAUUUGUUUAUACUCGAUUUUUUUCUUUAAAAAGCUUCUUCUCUCGAAUCGUUUCUUCUUAUUCUCCUUUCUUCAUCAGCCAUUGUUAUCUAAGCUAAGUAAGCUCUGUUAUUUAUCCUGUUCAAACAGAGGAAGCCCUAAUUUUGGAUUAUCCAUUCAAAUUUUUCCCAUUUCGCUAAUUUUGGAAAUAAGAAAAAAACGAUAGAUUGUUUUCGUUUUUUUUUCUUUCCGUUUUUUUUUCUGGUUUUUCAUUUCCAAUUCAUUUCCUUCGUUUUAUGAUCUGUUCAAGCGGAGGAACAAUCUUAAUAGCUAGAGGAAAAAAUCCAAUCCCCAGAGUACCCGUCACAGGGUCUUCACGAAACCACGCGAAUCGAAUUCGAAAUAAUCUUCCAAUUAGUGUUACAACUUUCCGACGAUCAUCAACAUCGUCAUCGUCAUCGUCAAUGGCGGUGGAAACAAUGUCGAUGGGAUCAGAUUCAUCAACUUUGAUUCUAACAUCAGGAGCCAGCGGUCGCGUCAGGGCACUCUUCUCGAUGCGAGAGCUCAGGCGCCUCGUUACGAUCAUCCAAUCGCUGAUUCUCUUCCUGCUCCUUCCCUUUCGCGUCGUCGUUUGGCGGCGGAGGACCGGAGCGGUGGUCAUCAGAGACGAUAAGCAGGAGAGGAAGGUGUGGGUCCCGACGCAGAUCGUGGUGAGGAAGAGGAACGCCGGCGGAGAUAUCAGCUCGAGCGGAUGCAGCGUCUCGCCUCCGUCGGUUCCGGCGGCUGUGGUGGAUGAGGAGGUUGCGGUUAGACGGGAGCUUGCGAUCAGGCGAGUUUUGGAGGAUGAAGGCGGCGAUGGAAGCUCCGUUAGAGAUUAUUCGCUUUUCACAACGAAGAGAGGCGAUACGUUGUUUACUCAGUCAUGGUCACCUGUUUCCCCAAAUCACAGGGGACUUGUUGUUCUGCUACAUGGAUUAAACGAGCAUAGUGGCAGGUAUAGUGAUUUUGCCAAACAGCUAAAUGCUAAUGGGUUCAAGGUCUAUGGAAUUGAUUGGAUCGGUCAUGGUGGAAGCGAUGGACUUCACGCUUAUGUUCCUUCCCUUGACUACGCUGUCGCAGAUUUGAAAUCAUUUCUUGAAAAGGUAUUCGCAGAGAAUCCAGGACUCCCCUGUUUCUGCAUUGGACACUCAACUGGAGGAGCCAUCAUCCUCAAGGCUAUGCUGGAUCCAAAGAUUGAAUCUCGAGUUUCAGGCAUUGUAUUGACUUCACCAGCUGUUGGAGUCCAACCAUCGCAUCCAAUCUUCGCUGUUCUUGCUCCGAUCGUAGCGUUCCUGUUGCCCAGGUACCAGUUCAGUGCAGCAAACAAGAAAGGAAUGCCGGUUUCUCGUGAUCCACAAGCUCUUGUUACCAAAUACUCUGACCCGUUAGUUUUCACCGGAUCUAUCCGGGUUAAAACCGGUUACGAGAUCCUUAGAAUCGCUUCUCACUUGCAGCAAAACCUAAACAAAGUGAAAGUUCCUUUUCUUGUAAUGCACGGUACAGCAGACACGGUGACUGAUCCAGACGCCUCUAAGAGGCUAUACGACGAGGCUUCUUCGUCAGACAAAUCAAUCAAGCUCUUCGACGGGUUGUUGCACGAUCUCCUCUUCGAACCUGAGCGAGAAAUCAUCGCUGGUGUCAUAUUAGAUUGGCUAAACCAGCGGGUUUAGCUUUUUCAAAACCAACAAAUUACUACUACAACGUCGAGUCAAGAAGUUCUUGAUUCAGACAAAAACAAAAUAAUAACAAUUUCGCGGGAAUUGUGUGGGUGAAUUGACUGAGAAAACGUGAGGAGGAGAAGACAUAAAAGAAAAGGAAGUUGUUGGUCAAACGAGCAACUUCUUUUGGUUAAUGAUUUUUCUCAAACUCGGAAGUAGAAAGAAGAUAGAGAAAAGGAGACUCCCCUUUGUUAUGAUGCUUCGUUGGUCUCUCAAACGUUCUUUUUGAUGUCGGUAUUUUAAGUUGUCAUAAUAAAUCAAUAAUUUUUGUUGUAUCCUCGGAUUUUUAAUACUUUAUCUUAUCUUAUUUUACAUGAAAAAUCUGUAUGCGAUUUGCUCGAUUGUUUCCUCUUGUAAAUAUUUUUCUUUCAUUUUAUGAUAUUUUCUUGUGUGUGGCUGGCUCAAAAAUAGCAAGGGCUCCCACUAUUUUUAUUGUAUCCAAAUCUUUUAAAUAACAAUGAAUCAAAUAUAUUCGUAAUCUUA